UCGCGGUAAGUAUCUUACAAGAUAACUUAAAACUCAUUGUUUACAGACUUUAUUAUACAAUGUAAACCAAAGAAGUUGAUAUGAAAAACAUUUAACUUAAAUCGUUAAAAUGAAGUAACGUUAACGUUAGCCCAAGUUAGGUCUAAGUAUGUCUGUUAUAAAUGUGUCUUAACUAACCCAUUUCAGGAGCAGGUUUAUGAAGAACAAAGAAGACACCAUGAAACAAAGGGUAGUGUAUUCAGUCUUUCAAAAUUUUGUAAAUAUGAGUUUAACUGUAUUGGUUGCAUAAACCUGGAUUGGAGUAACGGUUAUGUUUACGUGUACAAGUAUGUUAUUCUGUCAGAGAGCAUGUCUGUGUGAUUUCUCUUUUUAAAUUCUAGGCGUUUUUUCAAAAACAAAGGAUGAAGGCAAAUUGCAAAAAUGUUGACCCACCAAAUGGAAACAAUACUGGAAAUAUGGACCUGCUGACAUUAUUCAUUGUCAAUCAGAUAGCAUCAAAGAAAACGCACACUGGCAAACCUAAAAUGAAUUUGUUUAAUGCAAAAGUGACCAAGAAAACUUUAAAUGAGCCCUUAGAAUUACCAAUGAGCCCAUGUUCUCCUUCAAAACUGAACCUGGUCACCAGUCAGCCACAGUAUAUGGCUACUGCCGAUUCAGAUGUUGAUACACCUGGUUUCAAAGUCAGAAAACAUCAGAUUGCUAAAGAAUUCAAGUUUAAGCCGCUUUCACCCUUGCUUGAAUCGAACCUCUCUGACAUUAGUGGCUCAGAAAACCUACCUCACAUCCUGAACACUGUAAGCUCCCUGCCAGAUCCAUUUAGUAUUCAGUCCAGACCUGCAUCACAUGUGUCUUCGUCCUUGCCAUCUCAGGAGAACCCUGACCCUGACAGUAUCAAGUUUGUGCCAUUCUCUCAGCGAAUAAAACCAGCUAAUCCAUGGACAGAUGUAGCAAAGGAAGCACAUGUCUUGCAGAGCAGCCCAGUGGCUGAAACUCAGUUUGGAAUCACAUUACCAAACACAGGCACAGCAGAUGAGUCGGCACACUCGGUUUUGUAUCCAACCAGCCCUUUAAAGAGCAGUGAACAGCAGGAAGAGCCACUGUUUAUCGAUUUCAGUAACAGAGAUCAUAAAGAAAGUCCUCACACUGAGAACAUCUUUUUGGAAACGUCACUUUCUUCCUCCAUGAGAAUAAAAAACAGUGAUGGAUCACAAAACAUGGACCGAAAUGGACACUUCCUAACACAGGAAUAUGCCUGCUCAAAUGAACAAAUAUUACACACUGAAGAUGCACUCAUCAAAAAUCACUGUUUCCUGUCAGUGAACAAUUCAACAUCAGCACCCUCACUAGCCCCACCCUGCAAACAAAAAGUGAAAUCCAACUGGGGUUUUCAAAAUGAGAUUAAAAAACAAACACAUGAUGGGAAUGCUGAGAAAAAUGCCCCAAUAAUGCAGGAUGCAGGGACGCAAACGGCAGAUUUUUCCCACAUUUCCUGCUGUGAUGUAUCAGUGCAGUGCUCACUUAUUCAUGCAAACUCCAUCAACUCAACCAGAGUCCACACCACUAGGCGGCAGUCUGUUCAUUUUAAUGAAGUGUCGGCAGGUGCAUCAGCUACAAAAAUGCAGGCCCAGACACAUCCAAAACUACCAAAAGGGUUAUCUUCCCGCAAAUCUCACCGACAGACCAGCAUGAAAAAAACUCCAAUACUGAAACGUCCCUUACGCAAAGGCUUAGAAUUGAAAGUAGGGCAGCUGAUGGAAUGCAGAGUAAAUAUAGAGAGGUGUGAGGACUAACGGGUGGAAAGUGUGAUGCAAAACCCUGUCAAGGACAUCAGGCGUGCAGGAGAAUCUGUGAAAGUGAAGAAGAACUUCACAGCAGAGAAAGGUGCGAAUUGUGUCUCCGGGGAAACUGAGAAAGAAAUUGCUGACAUUACUCUGACAUUAGAGCAAAAUGAAAAAAGGAUUAAACACUUAGAAAAGGAGGAGGAAAAUGAAAU